AUGCUGUUGCCCCUGCUGCUGCUUUCGAGUCUGCAGCUAUGGUGUCAACCCGCGACAUCGCACCAGCAGAUCGCUAUACAGCCGGUCCAAGACGAGCUAGAUGUUGGUCCUCCCACUAGUGAAUACUACAUGAACAGUGCCAGAAAUAGCUGGACAUUCAACUUCUCCUCACCAGCCCCACACAUUUUCUCCUCGGUGCACGGCCUGCUCCAGCAAUGGCCCAAUACCUUCUUUCCAACGGGCCAUAGCAUCGUGCCCUGUCAGAUCCCUGCGUUUACAAAUCUGUAUCACGGCCGGCAGGAUGGCGAGUUGCCGGAGAGCCCGGAAUGGGUUGCGUUUGAUAUAGAAAUGUCCUACGGGAUCAUGGGCUCAAGUCGUAAUUCCCAUAUCCUGACCUACCAGACAACAAAGCCCACAGGCUGUCUGUAUUUUGACGGCGAGUCUGCGACCUUGAUGGGCACGGGCCAGAUGGACACACAGAUGCUUUUCAUUUACGGUAAUGUGACUGGUCCGCAAGUAGACGGCGAGGGUCGCAGGUUCAGAGGUCUCGAAGACGAGUACAAUCGUGCGUCGGGACUGUGUCAAUGGGCUCGGGACAAGAACCUAGGUGGUCCCGGAUGGGGUGUUGAAGGGAUUGUCAGGAUGAAUGCCGGGUUUGAGAUGAUCUGGUGUAAUUUCACAAGUCCUUCUGCUCGGUUGUUGACGAAGUUGAAUGUAACGGUGCCGUUGCUGCGAGAGAGUAUCAAUGACCACGAGAAAGAAGAAGAGGAAGAAGAAGAAGAAGGAACGAAAGGCGCAAAUUUCGGCUCACCAACAUACUACCCCCUACCAAGGGAGACGUCCUCACCAGGCCGAUCCAGAGACCCAGACCAGCCUCCGAUGCCACCUGGCUGGCGACGAGAUGACCUGGAGCCAUUCCUGGCAAGUCAGGCAUGGGGUUGGUUCGAGAGUGCAACAUGGCACUACGGCUCAAGCGGUAUGGGCACUGGACGCGGAGAAACCCGCGUCAAGCCAUUGACCUGUGGAUUUUUGACUUUCUACGAUCCUAUUUUCCGUCAGCAAGAAGCUGCACGCGCCUCUAUUGAGCGUCAGAAACUGAAUCUCACUUCCGACGGCCUAUGGCAGGGUCCAGGAAAAGACGAAUACAGAAAAUCAGCUCUAGAACAGUUGAUGAGACGGAGGAGGUAUCAUCUGCUACGUAAUAUCAGCGAGGUCGAUGCCUUGACAAUGAAUACUGCUGCAGAGCGAGUUUUGCGUGCCCUGGAUUUUCAUGACACAACGGGCUUGGGAGUUGACGACCGUAAUUGCACGGGAAUGGAUUGGAUUGCCGUUUCUAACGAUAUCGUGCAGCGAUAUGCACCCCGGCUACAACAGCUGAGAACAAUUCUCGAGGCAGGCUCAUAUGUAGAUAUGAGCAAUGCAACGGCUGUUAGGAGAUGGUUCUCAGGCCUGAGACAGCAUACGCAUUUCCUCCUGAUGCCUUAUUUUGAAUACCCGAGUUACCAAGAACUGCCAUUGUUUUCGUCGUCUACCAGACAAUUAACACUGUCUCGCUGCAAAUAUCAAUACACCCGCCUCAUCGCGCCUGAUUAUCACACUGCUACGCUUACACCUGAAGAGGCACUGGUGACAUCAGCCGUCGAGGAAACACUAGGCAAUAUUUGCUCCUGGGUAGUCGACGCAGGGUUUGCAAUUGAGCGGAAAUGGUUUGAUUACUUUGAUGCGCGCAAGUCUGGCGCUCCACCGUUGAUCGAGCAAGUGGUAGACUCGUGGAGAAAAAGCCUUGAGGAGCUCAUGGCUUGGCUGGGAUGGGUCGAUCAGUGGACAUACUGCAAGCAUGGAUGUGCCUGGGACGAAGUUUGCUACAUACCCAUGUGGCCCACGGAGUCUGUUGAUCCAGAUGGACGGGGCUGGGGUCCGGGUCCUAGUCCAGGCCGUGGUCGAGGUGAUGGCUAUGGCUAUGGUUAUAGCGGCCGGGAUCGUCCACCUGGCAGACACAGUGAUGCUCAAUAUACCGAAGAGAAGAAUGAACCUGGAAAACCACCUAAAAGACCCCCAGGACCGCCGUUUUGGUUUGUGAAUGAAGACUCUUUAUGGGAACCGAAAUGUAUCAAAGCCGAAUAUGCGAUUUGA